UUUGAAAGUAUUUUAUUGAUGAAAAAAGUUUUCGAAUAUUUUUUGAGAUUUUUGAUUAUUUAAAGGAUGAUUUUGUGAGGAAUUAAGGAAUAUUAAGGAGAAUAUUAGGAUAAAGUUUGUAAUCAACAAGUCGUUAAGCAGCAAAAUUAUUGAAAUACAGUAAAAAUUGUCAAAAAUUAAAUUCAAAAAUGAGCAAUCGAAAUACUCGACUGCCAUAUAAUGAGAGAGCAUUCUCUCCUCAGCGAAUGAUGAGUUCCAAUAGCUAUUCAUCAUCAAAUAGAAACCAACAAAUUGAUCCAUUUGACAAUUCAUCAAGUAGAUAUCAACAAGCAUUCUAUCAGCUCCAAAGUGAUCAAGGCAGAGACAUCGACAACUCAAAUAAUCAACAAAAUCAGAAUGAUUUUGACAGUGGGUGGUUUAGGAAUGAGACAGAAAGUAGAAGAAACGAUCAAGUAAAUAGUCAAAAUACAAGAGGUAGUUAUUCGGGAUAUGAUUCAAAAAGCAAUCAAAACUUCACAAACUCAUCACUCAGCACACAACUAUCAAAUAUUAUUGGAAAUUUCACAUCAAUCAAUGCUGCUCAAGAUCUUAUGCCUUUCAAUUCAGAUGCAAGAUUUCAAUCUUCAAACUUACGACCGUCAGAUGGAUUGGAUCGUAGAACAGAUCUUCGAUCAGAUUUAAAUUAUAGAUCGUCAGAUCGUCAACUAGAUUUAAGCUUUAGAUCAUCGGAUGGUCAACUAGAUUCAAAUUAUAGAUCACUAGAUCCACAAAGAUCGAAUUAUAGAUCAUCGGAUUAUAGAUCAUCGGAUCCACAAAGAUCGGAUUAUAGGUCAUCAGAUCAACAAAGAUCGGAUUUUAGAUCAUUGGAUCCACAAAGAUCGGAUCAUAGAUCAUCGGAUCCACAAAGAUCGGAUUAUAGAUCAUCAGACCUAAAACGAUCUGACUAUGGCUCUUCGGACCAACAAAGAUCAGAAUACGGAUCAUCAAAUCAGCCAAGGUCCGAAUACGGAUCAUCAAGUCAACAGAAAUCAAAUGUAGGUUCAAGCAGUCGUAACUACAAUUCUGUUUGGGAAAGUGAACAAAAUGCAUUUGAUGAUCGGGUUUUAAAGAGAAGUGAGAGAAGUCGAGAUGAAGGAAGAAGAGAUUACAAUUCAAGACAAGAUGCAGGCAGUUUUAAAAGCGCUCCUAAAGUCAGUUCAGAUAGUUCAAAACUGAAACCUAGAACUUCAGGACGUGAACCAGAAAUUCGUUCUAUUAUUGAGCAAAAGGCUAGGGUUGAAAAGUUCCCAGACAUUGGUGAACCUAAAAUUAAUCCUAGAUUUGAGGACGUGUUUGAUUUGGUGAAAAAAGAAGACAAUGGAACUUGUGUCUAUAGUUGUAAAGUCUGUAAAAUUGAUUGUCUGCCUGAUAAGAAUGUUCCAACACAUUUAGCUGGCAAAAAGCAUAGAUAUUUUUUGAAAUUGUUUGAAGACUCUCUGCCUGGAAAAACAAAGUUUCAGAAGGAGAAGCAUUUGAGAGAAAUAUCAAGAAACAAGAAGAACUACGAUCACAAACCAAUGUUCGAGGUAAUCAUCGCAUCGAUUAAACAGCCAUUAAUAGCAUUAGAAUAUAUUGUUGAAGUAUUAGAUUCGAAAGUAAAAGAGCCUUGUUACUAUUGUGUACUAUGCGAGAAGCGAUGUGAUCCAAGAACCAUUGAAAAGCACCUUAUAUCUCAGACACAUAGGAUCAGCUAUUUGACAAAGCACUUUGCACCAAUCAUUGAACAAAUUCAAGCUUUUCGUCGAUUCAAUGAAGAUUUGGAGUUCCGUCAAAAGGUUUUAUUCAUAGUUUGCUCACGAAUUGAGGUUAAAUUUGGAAGAUCAUCAGCAUUUGUCUAUGAAGGUCAUGACUUUCUUGAUACAAAAGCAGAUAUUUGUGACAACAUCAACUUAAAAAAGCAUGUCACAAUUGAUGACAUUCCGAAUGCUGAAGAGAAACUGCUUGAAGGAAUCAAAUUGCAUGAUCCGAAAUGGGAAAGUGAAAAUGCUCCAAAACCGCCAAGAGAGUCACUCGAAAUUCCUUUCAGUAUGAAAAGGAAGCGAAAAGUUCCUGAAAAUGUUCUCGAAGAGUUCAAAUCAACUGUUGACUAUGCAAAGAGGACAAUGGAAGAAAAGUUGAGAGAAUAUGAGAAAGAUCCAGAUUCACAUCCUAAAUAUAAGGUUGAAUGGGAAUUGUUCUGGAAUAAGAAGAUUGAUGACAUGUCAAGACGUGGGGAGGACUCAACAACUCACAGCUUUCAUGAUGAAUGGUGUUCAUUCUUUGUCAGGCGAAUGCGUGAACUUCACGAAAAUGAAAUUAAAUCGAAAGUUGAUCAAAUUAGAAGAAACUUAGGAUUGACGAUGGAGGAUCUUGGUGGAAAAUCAGACAAUCCAGAACCAAAGAGGAACAGACAUGAUAAUCAGGAUAAAGAUAGACCUUUAGGUGAACGUAGAGGAAGAUAUGCUAAUAACGGCGAUGAUGAAGGCUCACUCGAUGAAGAUUUCAGAGAACUUGCUCCAAGAAUUCCAAAGGAUGUUCUUUAUAAAAAAGAAAAGAAAAUUUUUAGCAAAUUCCUACAUGAAGUUGGAAUUGACCAGAAUAAGCGCCCAAAACCUCAACCAAUUUUAGUAGAACGACGGGAACCAGUUGAUCGAACAUUGCCUCAAAGAUCCCCACCAAGAUCGAAUGAACCAACAACUUUAAUCACAACAUGCAGACUUCUCACUUCACUUGAGCAAGAAUUAGGUCUUUUAGCUCAAAAGGUCCUCGACCUCCUCUCAAAAUCCAUCGCAUUCGAACGCGAACAUUCAAAACCGUCUGAUGAACUUUUAUUUGAAAAUGAAAACCUAAUCUUAAUCGAAACUGUAAAGGAGAAAAUAAUCGGAAUGCAAAUGGCACAUUUGAUAUCACAAAGCAGAACAAAAGCUGUUGAACAAGCAGUCAAUGAAAUCACAAAGCUCAUUGGACAGCAUGAAAUGAUGAUAAACAUUAAGAAGACAUUGAAAGAAAUGGGAAAGGAUGAAGCUGCACCCGAAGAAAUUGAAAUGUUAAAAGUCAUGUUUAUGAAGAAGAAUGAUAAGGGUUCUACGGAAGGGAACGACGAAUAUAUAGGUAGAAGACAAAGACGGAGAGCAAAACAAAGGGAAAGAGAAAUGGAAGCUAAGGCAAAGGAAAGUUUUAAAAAAUAAUUAAUAGAUUUUAAAAAUAAUGAUUUAAUUGAAAUAAAUAAAAAUGAG